AGUCGCCCAUUAAAAAUAAAAUAAAAUGUUAUUUUAGUCAUUUUAUCUUUAUUUGUAACAAACAAAAUAGUAGGAGCUCAUCUAUUUGUAUACACGCACAUCUAUAACACUGCUUCAAACUUCAAUCAACUGUUUUUAAUCGCACACGCACACUACAACUGUAACUCAAAACAGUUUUAGAAAAGGAAGUCUUUAGAAUAAUUUUCGGGACAGCCCUCUAACAGUUCUAAUUUAAAUUCCUAUGAAAGGAAGCGAACACUUAGUUGAAUUUUGGAACCUUACACUUUUCUUUUACCAUUCAUUAUAUAUUUAGUGGUUUUCUUUAUAGUUUGAAUACGGGAUGAAAACAUUAAAACAUCUGGUUGUAUUCUUCAUAGCUACAUUUACUCUUGUAUCCCAAGUAAAAUGUCAGCCGCAGAGCCUCCAAGCCUAUCAGUCCACGUCAGCUUGUUUCGGCUCGUAUUCGGAAGAAACCAACAUGAAUGCAACAUGUAAUGAUGGACACGUCAUAGCUAUUGGUGAUCUCACGGCGGGUGCCAAACCAGACUCUGCUGGCUGUCCUACAUUUUAUAACGCAUCAUAUGACUUCUCUCUCUGCUGCACUUACAACCAGAAUACUGACUGUGUAUUUCCGUUUUUUGCCGGAAAUAAGCUGUAUCAUGAGAAUUGCAAUGGGGUGUCGACCUGUUAUAGACAAGCUCAGAGACAAGACAUCGACAGCAACUGUGCUUCCACUAAUGGAACUUUUAGUGGAUAUAGUCAUUUUAUGUUUAUGGAGUUCUUCUGUAUAGAAGAAAAUAAAAUGGUCGACAUGUGUUCAGGGCCGACUUCUCUUACUAGAGAGAAUACCGAGCUGUACAUUUGGAACAGAGAUUUUCCUUCCUCUUCCAUCCGACCAACAGAUAUAAAUUGCAACUGUUCUGUUGAGAUAGACAACUGUCAAGCAGGAAUAUCCAUUUACAACAUAUACAGACAACUUACUGCGAAUGGCACUGGUAAAUGCAACCGAACGUUACGAGUUGGUGAUUUUGAAAACAAUGCAAUCCUGUUUGCGUGGACAUGUGAUGACGAUACGGUUGAUUUUGAAAGCAACACUGUCCAGAACACAUACAUAUUAAUUAAUUUCGAGAAUCAACGGAAUGAAACGGCUGGAAAGUUUUGGCUCGGAUUUGGAGCAACCGCAGAAUCUAAUAUCACAGUCAGCUGUCCACCUACAACACAGCAGUACUGUCAGCAGACGACAACUUCAACAACCACGGUAACCAUGACAACCAUGACAACCAUGAAUAUGAAAACAACUACAGAGACGGAAUCUUCAACUUCCACAACUACUUCGACUGAGCCUCCGACCACACCUACAACGGCAGCAAAAAAUGAAACAACUGCCGCCGGAGUGACGUCGUCAGCCCCUAAAGAUAAUAACUUACUGGCGGCAGUGAUUGGUCUGGGAGUGCUGGAGGUUCUGUUGUUGAUUGUAAUUGUCGUACUGUCGUGUUGUCUCUACAGAAGAUGCUACGCUAAAACAAAAGACGAUGUUGAAAAGGUUGCCGUUGAUAAUAAACAAUCACCACCGCCACCUGAUGUGACACAAACGAGACCAGACUUAAAGCAGUCAGCUUACAGUCCUACACCAGAAAUUGCUGUUCCUGUAAAUGCAGUAGACGUUGGAUGUCAGGUUCAGAUCGAUCAAGUAUACACCAAGGAAGGUCUAGUGGAACAGGUUAUAAUACAAAAGACUGACAACGCUACUACAAAAAAAUUGGAAACAACGAUUAAACAUGCAGAGAUUGGAUGCCAGGUUAAUCUAUUCCCACCUGAGAUUCAAACAGACAAUAGCAAAACAGAAGAAGGGACAAACAGAUUACCUCAGAUACAAUUAAUUGAUAAGGAGACUUUAACUUUAUCAAUAUCGCAGUCUGACAGACAGUGCCAGACAGACGUUCUACAAAAGAAAAGUCAGAAAGUUCAAGCAAAUAUUGUAAUAAGCACUCCUGUCAAAAUUGCCAGCUGUCAAACGGAUACAGUCAUGAAAGAUGACGCCAAACAGGAAGACGAAUCCAAACCAUUAACAACUGUGCCAAAUGGAACCAUUCCAACAUCACCACGUGAUGAGCGUAGUGCAAUUCCGAUGAAAUCUGAAUGUGUAAUUCCACCAAACCAUCGGAACAAAAGGAAGACAAGGAAAAAAAAAAAGAAUCAUUGAAAGCGACGAAGAACCUGAUCUUCGUAUUUCAAACAUAUUUCCAGCAAGUCUAGAAGCUGUCACACCAGAAAUUAGACAUAAAUCUCCUGCAAAUCAAACAUUUUUGUAUAAAUUGGAAAUGGAAAUGGAAGAAGAUAUGUCUGAUGACAGGGAUACAGAAGUUCCUGGAAAGUAUGAUAAAGAUGUCCUAACAAUUCAUGUAAGACCGGAAAGUCCGCUGUCAAACGACCUCUCUGCUGAAGUAAAUCAUGUACUUAAAAUCCGAAAAAAUAUAACAAAUUCAUUCUUUGGAAAAGAAAGACACGAGGAAAAGUUGAUUAGAGCAAUCAGUAAACAAUCCAAGAAAGUGCGAAAGAAGAAAAAAGUCAACAAAACUUACUCUGAAUGCUAAACAUUAGACAUGACCAUUUGAUAAAAGCUUUAUUUAUCAAGUGUGAUUUUUUUCAGCCAACUUUUAGGGCAUUAGAUUAAAGAGACAUGUCUUUUGAUGAAUAUCAUUAUUUAUUUUUUAAAGGGGUAUAACAAUUUAAAGUAUUAUUAGAGAAUGAUGAGACAAUAUUGUUAAGUUUUAUGAAGUACGGCUUCACUCUAUGAUAAGCAGUUUUUAAAUCCUACCAGGACUGAACUGUUUUGAUAUCUGUCUUCUGGUCUGUUUCGUCGGGCCCUAAAGUGUGUUUCUCUUGUUGUUCUGUCUUCUGAAAAGUCAUUGAGUACAUACGUUUUUGAUUCUUAAGGUUUGCUUUUUAUAUAUUUAUACACGAGCAUUUUUGUGUUUUACAUGCCAUGCCUUUUUGUUUCCAUUACGUGUGUUAGAGAUUCACCUGGAUGGGAUUACUUUUAUUUACACUGUCCCGUGUCUUUGGAACACGGUGGGGAUAAGAGUGAGGUUGGGUGCCCACCAUAAACCGGUUAAAGCUCCCCAGUGGUGUUUUUGCCACUGACCGUUCCAAGGCGG